UGUAUUCUGAGCCUGGCUGCUCAUUAAGUCCGGCUACUUACGCACUUCCUAGCGAGGAGACGGUACUCCGGUUGGAGAAGCGGGUUCUGUCGGGUUUACAGGCGGUCUUUACCGCAAGGAGGCGGUCUUUUUGGACGAGGGCCGUCCUUUUUUUUGCAAGGGUGGGUGGAUGUUUUGGCAAACCCACCUUUCUCAUUGUUUAGGACACUUUGGAAUGUGAUGGUUUGAUCCUGCAGUGUGGGGAGGGGGAAGAGAGAGAGAGAGAGAGUGGGGGAAACCUCCAGUGUUUGUGCUAUUGGCGUGCUGAACUUGUAAAAGGACUUUUUAAAGUGCGAUCCUGUCUCUUUUGGGUCAUACACACUGAGCUGAUUGUUUGAGAGGGAUAUUGCGUCUUUCCCAUAUGGCAAGGCCCCAGGACUGACCAUAUUAAAAAUGAAGAUUCAAAUCUUUGCACCUGUGAAUUUUCAAAUUAUGCAGCAGUAACUCAUACAGGUCUGUAUAUUCAUCUUGACAGCGAACCCUAAGGAUGAAAAGGCCAGAUUAAAAAAACAACACAGAAGACUGGAUUAUAACGAUCUGUUACCUUCGUUUGUAUAUCAAAUAUCUGUGUAAAAAAAGGAUAAAAAGGGGAACAAAAUAAAGGACAAAGAUACAAUUCAGAAAAAAGACUUCUCAUUAGUGCAACAAGAAAACCUAUUGUAAAAAAAUAAAAAGUGCCCAACGCACUACCACGCAAAUGUGGUCGUCUGGGAAGACUGUCCAGUAAAAGCAGCCAUGGCUGACGUUACAAGCUAUAAGGAUACUACGAGCCGCCAUCUGCGGCACAAACUGCAGAGCCUUGGUCGCCGUCUGGAUGAGCUUGAGGAAGCUACCAAGAACCUGCAGAAAGCCGAAGAUGAACUUCUGGACCUCCAGGACAAGGUCAUCCAGGUGGAAGGCAGCAACUCCAGUCUGCUCAGCGAUGUGGAUGCCAUGCGUAAACGUGUCCUGAAAAUAGAGGGCAAGGAUGAGGAAGUCAGGAAGGCAGAGGAACUCUGCAGGCUCUUCAAUGAGAAGAUGGAGGCAGAGGAAAAUAUGACCAAAGAGCUGAAGACCGAAACCGAACGGCUUCAGAGAAGGAUGGCCGAAAUGGAGAAGCUGGAAGAAGCCUUCACCAAGAGUAAGUCAGAUUGCACCCAGCUCUGUCUGAGCUUGAAUGAGGAGAAGAACCUGACCAAGAAGCUUGCCUCGGAGCUGGAGACAUUUAAAGCACGGCUGAAAGAGAUUGAGUCUUCCGAGAGCAGGCUGGACAAAGCUGAGCACAGCUUGAUGGGAGAGCUGGAAAAGCUAAAGUCGUUUACAUUGAGUUUCGUCAAUGAGAGGAAGAGCUUUCUGGAGAAGCAGAAGCAGGACGAGCAGCUGAUACAGGAGCUGACCCAGAAACUGGAACAAAACAAUAGGAUCAACGUGGCAGACCAAAGCAGGAAUGCAUCCAAUCUCCUCCAUCGCUCCUCAGAGAUUGGGGAUCUCCGGAUAGAAGAUGAUCUUUCCCCGGGCUUGACAACCAAGGUUGGUAUGAGGAAGAAGAGUCUUGACUACUUGAAGCUGUCAGAUGACGUGGGUCUGCGAAACAAAUCUGAGAACAUAAAGAACAGUAGUGAGGGCCAGGAGGACAACAAGGUGAAGGAUCUCAACCAGGAGAUUGAGAGACUCAAAAACCGCCUGAAGCAGCUCGAAUUGGUUGAGGAGGAACUCAAAAACACAGAGGCCAAGAAUGGAGAGCUUCAGGAGAAAUUCCAGAUGGAGAAAAACCACAGCAAAGCCCUGAGCGAUCAGAUGGAACAGUUGAAGGUGCUGCUCAGCGGUGCUAAAAUCCUUGAGAAUGGCAAAGCAGAGAAUGAGGAAAUUAAUGUCCGGGGAGGCUUCCGGCAGGAAAAGCCCAAGUACAGGAGCGGGGCAACAGAUCAGUCGGUCUCCAAGUACAAAACCCGAGAACUCUCUCCUCAGCAGAGAAGGGAAAGGAUAAGGAACAGAGACUACAGUCAACCAGAGGAGAGCUCUCCUAAAUCUGUCCGCAGGGCUCUUAGUCCUAGUUUGAAGAGCAGAAGGGCUGGGAAAGGUGGCACAACAGCACCGAUUGAGGCUGGGGUCAAGGAAAGGGGAAGGGGAGUGGAAGAAAAAGCUGUGACUUCCAGCUACAUGUCCACAAGCACAUCCCAGAAUGAGGUGAAGAAAACAAGGGAGCUGCCUUCGGUUCUCAGUCGCUACCCUCCGGCUGCUAACGUCCAGAGUGUCCAAAAGCCUUGGAAAGCAUCUUCUAAAACCAAUGAGAGUGAUGGCAAAAACCGGGCAGAGAGGUUGUACUCUGGAAGCGACCUUGAAUCCGUUAACACUGAUACACUUUUGGAGAAGCCAAAUAAAUCUGCCAGUGCACUACUCUCUGAAAAGCAGAAUACAAAGGCAUGUUCUCUGGAUCAGCCAGUGGAGAGACUGGCGUCAACCCCUGUUUCCAAGUCCAACGGGUCAGUCCUGUCUUACCGUUCUCAUUCAGCUGCUUUACUACUGCAGGAUAAUAGGUCUGAGAGCCCAUCUUCGGCCUUUGAGACUGAAUCCACAGGAUCCAGGCGCUUGUCCUCCCUGGGUGAGUUCGAUCCAGCCCCUGAGGUGACUGCGUUAAGUGGUAGGUCGUCUGUGUCCUCGAAGUAUACUCGCUAUGCCAGACUGCAGGAUUCUGUUUCAGAAGGAUCAUCCACUCGAAGUUCCUUUGAGGAAGAAACAGCCAGAGCCACGGCCACUGAAGGCAUGUCUUCGGAAGCAACACACACCCCGACAGGGAUUGAGAUCCGUAGAGUGUGCAGCCCAAGGGAGGCGCUGAGAUCCAAAGCAGUCAUCAAGCCAGCCAUUGUGGAGAUCGACUGUAAGGAGGUUAUGAGUGGUACUGGGGUGGAGCCAUUGAUUCCAGAAAACAAAUCCAGAACCUCCACCAAAUCAGUGAGCAAGAUGUCUAGUAGCAUUACCAUAUACCCCUCCGAGCCAACAUUUACUCGGUCCAGCUGCAGCAGUAGCAAUAGCAGCGAUGCACCGAAGGAAAGGCAUACCUCUACCAGCAAUAUAGUGAUAACUCCAAGGGAGUCCCCUAAUACUGUAUCCAUACCCUACGAGAUCUCUAUCCCCAAGAGUGAAUUCACUCUAAAAUCCUCAGAGGAGGCCGAGGAUGACCUUCCAGCAGAGGACAAGAUAGAAGCUCAGGUCUCCAGGAGCACGUUCACCAUCAAGGCCCUGGAACCAAUGGAGAAUAACAAUAAUGAGACGUCCUUUGAAAGUAGCAGCAGCAGCGGCAGUAGCAGCGGCAGUAGCAGCAGCAGCAGCUGGAGGAGCCACCAGUCUACCAGGGAGGAGAACACUCCAGAUGUGAAGAACGUGACUGUGAGGAGCACCUGGAGGACCAAGCAAGGGGCAUUCUCCACUGAUGAGGGCAAGGGACCCAAGAGUGAUGCCGGCGACGAGGACUCUGACUCCUCCAGUACGUGGAGGGCUUAUCGGGCCACCACCGUCCUGGACGGGGAGGAGACCAGCCACACCUCUAAGCCCAGCCCUGCUGAGCUGUACAUGCGGAGGAUAAACAGCACUGUGGGUCCCUGGGAACCACCAGAACCGGUGAGAAGGAGCAAAACCGAGGGCCUCCUGAGGAAGAGCUACACCCAAGCCCAUGAGCCAAUAACCGCGCAGGAGCUGUCCUAUAGGAACCGCCCAAAGUCACCGGCAAGAGAGGACAGCACAGACCUAUCGGCCACCUCCCGAAGAAGGCAGUCUCCAUCGGACCUGGGCUCUGUGAGCAAGAGGCAGUCCUCCAAUCACGAGCUGUGUCCAAGCCAAGGGGGGAUAUCCAGCCGGCCCCUGAGCAGCCGGUCUGAGGGGAGGGGCUCCACGGGACGAACCUGGAACCACCGGCAAUCCGACAACUAAACCAGCCGCCCCUGUUCACCGGGUUUUCCCCCCAUUCCAGGUGCCCUUGGGGAAGACAUCUCCGUUAUACAUAGUUCUUUUGAGUAGCACCUCUCGCCUUUCUGAAAGAAAAUAUUCCUGAGAUACUGUUGUCAUAUUGUUUUUGCCCAUUCCACAGGAAAUGGCACUUGUAUAUUUUUCUAGGAACUAUUCUCCAUGGAUGUAGUUUUACCAGCUGAUAGAUACAUACAACCUGCAUACAUAUGUAUUGUAUAUCUAAAUAUAUAAAUGUGUGUUUAUUUUUUUGACGAGGGAGACCUUUGCAUAUCCAUCACUCAGGAGAAACUCUCACAAUAGGACUCAUUACAGUCAGAACUGGCAAUAAGGCACCUGUUGCUGAUUCACACUUUGGGCUUUUAUUUUGAACUGCAAGGACAAAAGGCACGUUAUCAGGGGAGGAAUACAUUCAUUUAAAUGGUGUACUACUUAAAUAAUGCGCGAUUACUGCGUUAUUGAAAAUCUCAUUCACAAUCAUGUUCUCGGCACAGGUUCGCUUGUGCAUAAGGAGUAAGACUAGGGUAGCUAAUUAUGCACCGUUAUAAUUGUAUUCCUCAUAGAAAAUGUGCUUUUGCAAUUGCCUUAAAAUAGGGCUCUUUUGUAAUUAAAUUGUAAGUUACUGACCAGAUGUGGGAGUCAGAAUUGACCAAACGCAGGGAGCGAAUUACUUCUUUUUUUAAAUAAUUUUUUUUUUUUUUUUUUUUUUUAUUUCUUGUAAUUGUUUGAAUGAUUACAAAGUUUCACAAGUCUCUUUGUUUGUGUUCUGUAACUAAAGAAAGACUUUGUAUAGAUAUACUACAAUAGACGAAGGACUUUUCUAUAAUAAAAUGCACUGGCAUAUCCGAUACAGGAACUCCAGCACUGGAGUACAGGAAUGCACAGUUUAAACACCACUAAAUGUAAUGUAUAGCAAGCAUAACACACACAUACACACACUGUUAUAAAAUAGAAAACAAGCAAAAUAGGACCUUUUUGCAAAGAGAUGUGUUAUAAGCAUUGCUGUGUAAUGCAUACUGAAAAGACAAUUUAAAUUCAACAGUAAUGCAACUGAAUUAUUCUUCAUUAGUACUGAUUUGUUACAGUGGAUUUAUUAAAAUGGAUUUAUCUAAAUGCAUUAUUACAUUCAAAUAAUUCCAUUAAACCAUUUAAAGUGAAUUGUUUUUAAAUGUAUUUGUGCGAUAUGUAAUGUGUCUUCCUUUGUGGAGACUUAAAGAGUCUUGGCUUUGUGAGCUGUAGAACAACGUUAUACACUUGCUUCACUAGCAAUGUUUGAAUAGUAGCCACAGUAGAAUCUCAGAAUUCCCAGUCAGUGUGUGCUGAAGAUUGCUAAUGCAGAGUUCUACAUUCUUAGCUUAGUUCUGGUUGGUGGAAAUUGGGAUCAAUUGCAGUUAGAAAGGGUUGUGUUCCAGAAGGUUAAGCACCUAAUAAAACAAAAUACAAUAUUGAAGCUAUUUUAAACAAAUUGUUUAAAUAAACUUUAUAUAAAUUGGAAGCACUGAAAAGGAUUUUAACUAAAACCUAUUUGACAGUUUGCCAAUGUUAAAUUAUGCUAAUCAAGCAAUUAGUGUCAAUUUAAUGACCAGUGAAACUAUCCUCGCCCCACUAUUACAUUGAUAACUGAUGAUUUCCAACUCCUGUCACAGUAGAGGAAUGGUGGACCUGAAUGGAACCCCCUGCAGUGUUUCAAAAACACAUUAGAUAUUUUGAAAUUAAAUGUAGGCAUUAUUCUGAUGUACAAGCAACACCUUUGGAGACUCCUGAUAUCAUACUAUUGGCUUUACUAACUGGUUGAAGAAGGUUAAUACUCUUUUGCUUUCAAAUAAUGGAUCACAUUCUUCCACUGAAAAUCUUUAGGGUGUGAUGUUGCCAUGAGCAUGUACGUUUUGUCAAGCCUGUGUCUUCUGUAAUUCGCUCCCUGCUGUCCUUUGCCACAGCAUUUUGCUUUGCUUAUCCAAGUACAGUAAAUGGCUUCUUGAAACUCAAUAAAGAAAUCAACAUUCUGAAAGUUCCUUGAAAUCUAGGGAAUGGGUCAGCCAUGAUUUGAGAUGAUCUGUGAUUAAAAUGUAGCCUUGUGGUCAGAGGUCUUUCUGAAUUAAUGUACUGUAGACUGAUAGCAAUCUGAGUUCAAAUGGAGGUCAUUGCACCGCCAUGGAUUCCCACACUCUGGCUUUCCUGGGACUUCGCAUUCUCAGCAAUGCUUAGCUGAUGUGAUUCCUUGCAAUCCUGUAUUCUCCUGAUGGGGUUGCCACUGUCAAAACCUGCGUUUCUGCAAACCUAACAAACUACAAGAAACCUUCCAUCUCCUGGUCCUCUUUGGCAGUUGUUUUGCACAGUGCGCAGACCCACAAGGACCACCAAAUGGAGUGUUUGCAGUGCAAACUCCCUGAACUGUGUGUGGUUAUUUUUAAAUUAAUUUUAUUUAACAGUCUGUGUAGAUACCUUUGGGCAUUGCAGGAGGAUAUUUCACACAACACUGUGCCAUACAAUUUAAAGAACGUCAAUGCAAAUCUUUAUUAUCCAGAUCUUGUAUUUAAUUUUUGUCCUUUCUGCAUGGACCCUUAAGGAGCUAGCACACUGGUUUGUUUCUCCUUAAUAAAGAGGUUCAGCUGUA